GCACGAACAGAAGUCAUGCAGAAGAGUUGCAGCUGUAAAUUUUUAUAUGGUGCUGAAUCAAAUGAACAGAUGAUUCUCCAAAUUGAAAAGUCACUGGAAGAAAAAAUAGAAUUCAAAGGAGAGAUCAUGUUCUAUAAGAAGAAUGGGUCUUCAUUUUGGUGCCUAUUGGAUAUUGUCCCAAUUAAGAAUGAGAAAGGUGAUGUUGUUCUGUUUCUGGCUUCUUUCAAAGACAUAACAGAUACAAAAGUAAAGAUUUCUCUGGAAGAUAAAAAAGAUGGUGGUGGAGGAAGGAAAAGAAGAGGAAGAGCAGGAUCACAUUUUGACUCAGCCCGCAGACGGAGUAGAGCUGUCCUUUAUCACAUCUCUGGACACCUACAAAGAAGAGAAAAGAACAAAUUAAAAAUUAAUAAUAAUGUUUUUGUAGAUAAACCAGCAUUUCCAGAAUACAAAGUUUCAGAUGCAAAAAAGUCCAAAUUCAUACUUUUGCAUUUUAGCACUUUUAAAGCUGGCUGGGACUGGCUUAUAUUAUUAGCAACGUUUUAUGUUGCUGUAACUGUACCUUACAAUGUUUGUUUUAUUGGCAAUGAUGAUCUAUCUACAACUCGAAGCACAACUGUCAGUGACAUUGCAGUGGAAAUACUUUUUAUCACAGAUAUUAUUUUAAAUUUCCGAACUACAUACGUCAGCAAGUCUGGCCAAGUAAUAUUUGAAGCAAGAUCUAUUUGUAUCCACUAUGUGACUACCUGGUUUAUCAUUGACUUAAUAGCUGCCCUUCCUUUUGAUCUCCUUUAUGCUUUUAAUGUCAAUGUGGUAUCGAUUGUUCACCUCCUCAAGACUGUACGCUUGCUGCGACUUUUACGUCUUCUUCAGAAGUUGGAUCGUUAUUCCCAGCACAGCACAAUUGUUCUGACACUGCUGAUGUCUAUGUUUGCAUUGCUGGCUCACUGGAUGGCUUGCAUUUGGUACGUCAUUGGAAAGAAGGAAAUGGAAAAAAAACCAUUUACGUGGGACAUAGGUUGGCUUCAUGAACUAGGAAAACGUUUGGAGUCUCCAUAUUUUGGCAAUAAUACAUCAGGAGGCCCAUCACUCAGAAGUGCCUAUAUCGCUGCCCUGUAUUUUACACUUAGCAGCCUCACCAGUGUUGGGUUUGGCAAUGUUUCAGCCAAUACCGAUGCUGAAAAGAUUUUCUCCAUUUGCACAAUGCUGAUUGGAGCUUUAAUGCACGCCUUGGUUUUUGGUAAUGUGACUGCUAUCAUUCAACGGAUGUACUCCAGGUGGUCCCUUUAUCACACAAGAACAAAGGAUCUCAAAGAUUUUAUAAGAGUCCAUCACUUGCCACAGCAGUUAAAGCAAAGAAUGCUUGAAUAUUUCCAGACCACUUGGUCUGUCAAUAAUGGAAUAGAUUCCCAUGAGCUUCUAAAGGAUUUUCCAGAUGAGCUGCGCUCAGACAUCACCAUGCACUUGAACAAGGAGAUUCUGCAGCUCUCCCUUUUUGAGUGUGCUAGUCGUGGUUGCCUCAGGUCUCUGUCUCUGCAUAUCAAAACCUCCUUUUGUGCUCCUGGGGAGUACCUCCUCCGGCAGGGAGAUGCCUUGCAAGCUAUCUAUCUUGUGUGCUCAGGUUCCAUGGAAGUUCUAAAAGAUAGCAUGGUGCUGGCAAUUCUAGGUAAAGGAGAUUUAAUUGGAGCUAACCUUUCAAUUAAGGACCAAGUGAUUAAAACGAAUGCCGAUGUGAAAGCUCUAACCUAUUGUGACCUCCAAUGUAUUAUUCUCAAAGGACUUUUUGAAGUGUUAGAUCUUUACCCAGAAUACGCUCAUAAGUUUGUUGAAGACAUUCAGCACGAUCUCACUUACAACCUUCGGGAAGGCCAUGAAAGUGAUGUAAUCACCAGAUUAUCAAACAAGUCUGCCAUCUGUCAGCCAGACUCCAAAGGAAAUGGCAGCAUAAAUAAAAGACUUCCAUCCAUUGUGGAGGAUGAGGAAGAAGAGGAGGUGCUGGCAGAAGAUGAGCCAGCUACUCUUUCUCCAGUCCACACAAGAAACCCAGCCUCCCAACAGAAGAAAUCGGGAAGCAAUAAAAGCUAUCUUGGGAUAAACUUGAAACAGUUGGCUUCAGGAACUGUUCCCUUCCACUCGCCCAUCCGAGUUUGCAGUGCAACCUCCUCCAGAACCAAGCACGAAACUGAACUCCAUUACUAUUCCAAGCGGAAAGAGAAGAAUUUGAAACUGCAUCUUUCGUCACUAAACAGCUUUGUCCCUCCUGACCUCAGCCCUCGGAUUGUUGAUGGAACAGAGGAUGCUAGCAACAAUGAGGAAAACCAGGCAUUUGAGUUUGGCUCUGAACAACUCAGGCAAGAAUCCAGAGCAUCUCCUACCAUCAGGGAGAAUGAAGUUGGUGCUGCUGUGUUAGUUAUCAAAGCAGAAGAAACAAAACAACAGAUCAACAGGCUUAAUAAUGAGGUCACUACUUUGACUCAAGAGGUCUGUCAGUUAAGUAAAGACAUGAAGAGUGUUAUGCAUCUCCUGGAAAACCUAUUGGUGGCCCAGAAAUCGCCAGAGUUCUGUGCGGUCCAUGGCCCAGCCAUGAGUCCCAACAUGGAAAGCUUACAAACUAGAACGACGUGGACUACACGCCAACCCUGUAUGCACAUGCAGGUGCCAAAGGUUACUUGCACUAAAGCACAGCUCUGCCAUUCCAAUACCAUAGUAGGAAUCUGGAACAUGGAUCCAACCUCUGUGGGUAACAGCCCACAAAGAACUGAAUCGCUUGUACAAAAUUCUACAGGUGGUGAAUGUUAUUGUACUUCAGGCAUUGAAUAUUCACCUUCCCAUUACCAUGUUAUCCAGAAAGAUAAUUUGCAGUUUGUAGGUUGCACUUCUCCCAAUUCAGACACUACUUUGACUCCUCUCCAGUCUAUUUCAGCGACUUUAUCAUCAUCUAUCUGCUCUUCAUCUGAGACAUCCUUACACCUUGUAUUGCCCAGCAGAUCUGAGGAAGGCAGCUUUAGUCAGGGAGUUAGUUCAUUAAGCCUUGAGAAUCUGCCAGGGUCUUGGGACCUGGAAGGAACAACAGGAACUGCACUUGGACAGACCUCAGAAGAUGUUAAGACCAGCACAGAGGACAUUAGAGACAGCAAAGCCAUAAAUGUAUAAUGGAACUGAUUGAGUGGUAUUUCAAGCAUGUCCCAUGGCUGAAGCUCAUCCAGUACUGCAUGACAAU